AUGAAGAGGAGCCUUGCUGACACUUCAACUCGCCCCACAGCAGGUUGUCUUCCUGUACCUCUUUUCAAUCAGAAGAAAAGAAAUAGGCAGCCCCUUACUUCAAAUCCACUUAAAAAUGAGCCAGGUACCAGUUCUGGGACUCGUGCUUAUGAAUUUUCUCCCACAUCAUUUGGCUGGGGAGCUGCAAACCCUGAAGUGGAUGAACUACAGGAAGCAGCAAACAACAGAAACGAGUGUAAUCCUUUAAGAAACACAAUAGGUUCAAGAUCUGAUAGUGGCAUUGGUCGAAAGUUUGAGAGCCCUUCAAAUACUUUGAAAACUCACCAUCUGCAAAAAAACCCUGAUAAUUUUAAUUCAUCUCAGCAUAUCAAAACAGAAACCCGGCAAACUUACACAUCUAAAGGACAAUGGCCAGUAAAACCUAACAGUGCUUCAAAAAGUCUGCAGGAUCAUAGUCUGUCAUACAAGUUUACUCACAAUAUUCAGCAAAAUAAAAUGAAUGAAAACCAAUUUGAUUGUGUGCCAACAGUCAAAAGUCAGGAGGUUUCAUUACCUCAAUUAAAAAUUAAAGAGAAAAAGAAUUCUUUGCGAAUCGUAUCUGCAGUCAUUGAAAGCAUGAAGCACUGGAGUCAAUAUGCUUAUAAAACUCCACUCUUGUUUGAAGUUUUAGGCACGCUUGAUUCUGCAGUCACAACUGGAGCAUAUGCGGCCAAGAAUUUUCUUCUGAGAGAUGGAAAGGAGAGUCUGCCUUGUGUAUUUUAUGAAAUUGACCGGGACCUUCCAAGACUAAUUAGAGGUCGAGUGCACAGGUGCAUGGGCAACUAUGACAUAAAAAAGAACCUUUUCAAGUGCUUCUCUGUAAGACCAGCAACUAUGCAAGAACAAAACACUUACCAAGAUUUUGUUAAAAUUUCUGAUGUUGAGAUGACAGCAUAUGUAAAAACACUGAAUGAAAUUUAA